GCUCUCUCAUUCCACGUUCUCGCAUUCCUCCGCAUUCCCGAGCUCCGAGACGAGAAGACAUUCUCUCUCUCUUUCCCUCUCUCUUUCUGUGAAACGUUUUGAUGCUUGUUUAAUGGCUGACUCUACGAGUUCUUCGUUCUUUGUCUUCUGUUGCUUAGCCUUGUUCUUACUCUUCUCCUCUCGCGCGCCAUUGCAGGUCGCGGGUUCUCACCGCCGCAGCCUCAUCUCCGACAGCGCUGCCGCUUCCUCCAACUCCACCAGCAAGCACCGCCACAGGUGGAUCGGGCCGGUCGGGCACCGCAUCAUCACCGUCAGCAUCAACGGGUCCGCCGACUUCAAGUCGGUCCAGGCUGCCAUCAACUCGGUUCCGGAUAACAAUAGGAAGAACGUCACCAUUCGGAUCAGCGCUGGAUUUUACAUUGAGAAGGUGGUUGUCCCGGCGACCAAGCCGUUCAUCACGUUCCAAGGCGAGGGAAGAGACGUGACGGUGAUCGAGUGGCACGACAGAGCGAGUGACCGCGGCGCCAAUGGCCAACAGCUCCGUACUUACCGGACGGCUUCGGUCUCCGUUUUGGCCAAUUAUUUCUCUGCCAGGAAUAUUAGCUUCAAGAACACGGCGCCAGCUCCGAUGCCGGGGAUGCAAGGGUGGCAAGCGGUAGCGUUCCGGAUAUCGGGGGACAAGGCGUACUUCUCGGGGUGCGGAUUCUACGGCGCGCAGGACACGCUGUGCGACGACGCUGGCCGGCACUACUUCAGGGAGUGCUACAUCGAGGGGUCCAUCGACUUCAUCUUCGGGAAUGGCCGGUCCAUGUACAAGGAUUGCCAGCUCCACUCGAUAGCCACGAGGUUCGGGUCGAUCGCGGCGCACGGCAGGAAGUCGCCGGACGAGAAGACGGGGUUUGCCUUCGUCCGGUGCCGGGUCACAGGGACGGGCCCGCUCUACGUGGGGCGGGCCAUGGGCCAGUACUCCCGGAUCGUCUACUCCUUCACUUACUUCGACGACCUCGUCGCGCACGGCGGCUGGGACGACUGGGACCACGCCAGCAACAAGAACAAGACUGUGUUUUUCGGAGUUUACAAGUGCUCUGGUCCGGGGGCCGGGGCGACGCGAGGCGUUUCAUGGGCUCGGGAGCUUGAUUACGACGAGGCCCACCGGUUCCUCGUCAAGAGUUUCGUCAAUGGAAGGCAUUGGAUCGCACCUUACGACGCCUGAAUCAGAUGGCUUCGGCUAUCUAACAGCGAAUCAACUGUUGAAACAACCGAACAAUUCUUUGAGUUUUAUGUUAGUUUUUAGGAGAGUAUUCUUUGAUUUGUUCAUUUGAUUCGUAUAUAAGGUUCAAAUUCAUGUCCACUUUGGCUUCAUACAUGUCGCCUCUUUCCCAAACUGAAAUGUCAAUAAAUUCCAGUGCAUUCACUUCUUGAUGA